CUCAGCUUUGGGCUAAAUUAUGUAGAAAUGACUUAAGAGAUACCAUUAUCAGCUUCUCGUUUAUAAACUUGUCCGGCAGCCAAAAACUUGGACUCCGAUAAUGGCGGGGGCUAUAACAGACGAUUAUCAGAAGCUAUCUAUGUUCUUCAAAUCUGGGAUUUACCGAUUACAAGGUUCAAACGCCGUAUUCAUGGACCCAGUUCGCGUCCUUAACCUCUCAUACAGUCAUUUUAGGGUUUCUCCAUCUUCUUACUACUCUCGUUUCUUCGAACCGAAUCCCUCCGGCGAAGAGCAUUCUAGGGUUUCCAAAAAUCAACGAAAACGGAAACGUAAACAGAAAAAACCUCCUGCGCUUAAUGAAAGAGAACAAGCUGCUGAAGAACGCCAUCAGAAGGCGAAACCUUUCUUGAUGAAGGCGCACGAACUUUUGCUCGGAGCUAAUGAUCUUCUGCUAAAUUUGGGGAAAUUGAGAAGUGAUGACGAUUCUCCAACAUCUGAUUGUGAACAGUCGAUGGUAGAAAGUGAUGAACAUUCGUUUGUGGAGCUUGGGAGUGUAUGGCAAGCUCCAUUGUUUGAAAUUUCUCUAUAUCCUCAUAAGGAUUACAAGCCAACACAAGAUGAAAAAAGAAAUACUCCGGCAUUUGGGAGCUUGAUUGCUAACAAUAACAUGGCAAACUGUGACAUGGAAGCUGGUUUUCUAAAUCGCCAAUACAUUAUACCCAAACAGAGUUCCUUCUACAUGUCUGAUCUGAAGCAGAUUCAUGGCCUCAUCCCUGUUAAACGAGAUUGUGGAUACAAUCUUAUUGUUGUUGAUCCACCUUGGGAAAAUAGCAGUGCCUACCAAAAAUUGAAGUACCCAACUUUACCCAAUCGAUAUUUUUUGUCUCUUCCUAUUAAAAAACUUGCUCAUGAAGAUGGAGCCUUGUUAGCAUUGUGGGUAACAAAUAAGGAGAAAUUACGGGUGAAAGCAGAUGGUUCUUUGAUUGGUGAAUUGGAUCUUUUUCAUCACAGGCCUUAUGAAUGCCUUGUCCUUGGUUACUGUUAUCCAGAGGUUGAGGAUUCGGAUUAUUUUUCGAAACUAAAAUCCAUUCCAGAUGGUCAAGUGCUCAUCAGUAUCCCUGGAGAUUACUCCAGGAAACCCCCGGUUGGAGAGAUGCUACGCGAGUACAUACCUGGAUCACACCCCGCUCGUUGCCUCGAACUCUUUGCUAGAGAAAUGGUAUCCGGAUGGACAUCUUGGGGAAACGAACCGCUUCGAUUUCAAGAUUCCAGAUACUUUUCCAGGACAGACACAGACACAGUCAGGAUUGAACAAACUUUUUAGGGUUAUUUUCAAUGAUGAGGAUGUGAAAAAACAUUCACGAGUCACAGUCUAUCUUGUUUCAUCUUUUUGGGGAAACCGCCGGAAGCUUGGUUUACAUGAUAUUCAAUUCUGCCGGUAUGCUAUAUACUCCGCCAGAGCCACCAGCGGCGCCACCCCCUUGUAUGAUUCAAACCCUUCAAGCUGCUGUUUAGCUUCCGCCAACAACUCCUCCGAGAACUGCCGUGAUUUCUCAAGUCCCAUUAGUUUCGGCUUUUCCACUUGGGUGUCGCUUCCUCCACCUAAUAUUGCUCCCAAUACGACGGCUGCUUCCAGUAGCGCCGCCGUCUUGUGGAUGUGGAUGAACUCAAGCUGGUCCAGUCCGACGUCCUUUGCACCUGUUGAAGCUAUGUCCACCACUUGACCCGCGACCAACCCUUCAGUCCCAAUCGACUUCGCCAGUUCUCCGACAGAGGCCAAAACGCGUUCAGGAGACGCGCCGACGGUGGCGCUUGCGAUGUGAUGGAAAGCGAAGGCGAGGAGAGAGUCGCCGGCGAGGACCGCCACGUCUUCGCCGUAAACCUUGUGGUUUGUAGGUUUCCCCCGGCGAAAAUCGUCGUUAUCCAUGCACGGAAGGUCGUCGUGAAUCAACGACAUGGUGUGUAUCAUUUCAACAGCGCAGGCGGCAGGCAUGGCGGUGGAUUCGUCACCUCCGACGAGCUCGCAAGCGGCGAUGCAGAGAAUGGGCCUCACACGCUUCCCACCGGCGAGGAGAGAGUAACGCAUAGCUUCAUGGAUUGUUGGUGGCGUUUUAAUGGAAAUGGAUUCAUCAAGCGCUCUGUUAACCCGAACAGCUUUCUCCCCCAUGUACGCCUUGAAAUUGAAGCAAUCCGACGAGAUUUCACUGACAGUUUCCUGUUCUUCCUUGGUAAUCACAGCAGAAACAGAGAAACACGAAGAAGAAGAAGAAGAAACUCUGGAUCUCGGAUGAAUUUUGAAAUUGGGUUUACUGCAUUUCAUCGGCGUUUUGCAGAUCAAUCCGACGAAUGACGAUGACGAAGAUCCGUUGAACACGGAACAUGUUUGAACCCAUGAAUCUAUGAAACUCAGGGAUCUCAUGUUUAUCCAGAAUUAGAAGAAGGAGAAGGAGAUGAAGUGUGUGCUUUUUGAAAAGAGUCAAGUUGUUAGUGAAAAUGGGUCCCUGAACAUUCUCACAACAAAUCAACAUCUGCCAACCUAAUCUCUUGAGGUCAUGGGGGAUGAAGGGUGCAAUCUGUAAAUUCCACAGAAAAAAGGCUACCUCAUCACAUUCACACCAAAGAUAAAUGCCAAAAUAAAAUGCCAUAUAUGUUAAUUAAUUAAAAUCGAUUUUUGGGGUAAAUUUUAUUCCAUUUAAAUAUGUACCUUUUUUUUUGAUAAAAAAGGAAUUAUAAGUUUGAUUAAAGUUAAUUUUUGGGUAUAAGAAUGAUUCCAUAUAAGAUGAUUGUGUACGUUUUUUUUUAUUGCUUACUAAAAUUAAAAUAUUUCUUUUUGGUUCUUGUGAUUGAG